ACAUCGGUUAACAUUGUAUUUUUUUCAAUCACAAGUUCAAACACUGCCAAAGAAAAUCCAUUUCCCCGUGUGCUCUUCGCGGAAUAGGGCGCGAACAGCAGCGCUGCCAGAUUUAUGCCGGCACCCAAGGGCACUUCCAAACUUUCUCCAAAAAGUCCACGCGGCGCGGCUCUGCUGGACUAAUUACAGCCCAAACUUUCCCUAAUGAGCCGCCGUGAGUGCGCAGCACCGGCCGGGCGCCUGUGGGGUCGGGCGCAGGUGGGAUGUCGGUCAGUCGUACAGAUGUGAAGGUGUUCUCAGGAUCUCCCCCCCUCUCCAUCUCCCUGUGUUUUAUGUCUGCGUCACAACAAGACGAAGGAGAGCGAGCCAGAGAUGAUGAUGGCGUCUCUCUCGGGCUGAUUCUCAUGCCGCUUCCCUGACAAACGCGCUCGAUAGCAUCAACCGAGAGACAGAGGGAGGUUGGGAACAUGAAGCAGAAGACAGACAGAGAGCGAGAGACGGACGGACGGACAGACGGUUGCGCACUGACGGCUUGAGUGACGCGCGUUUGAUCCGCCGCGACUCUCCAAACGCGCCGAUUAUUCGGGACAGUGAUUGAGACGCAGAACAACACCGGGCAUCCGGCGUUUCAUGCGAGUCUGACAUCUCUUCCCCGUCCCUGUGACCCCAGCGGAGCAGAACACUUUACACAGGAUGGGGGGAGUCAGUGAAGGAGAGGAUGUUUUAGCCAGGUGGAGCGAUGGACUUCUGUACCUCGGCAAUGUCAAACGAGUGGACAGCGUCAAGCAGUGCUGUUUGGUCAGAUUUGAGGAUAACUCUGAAUUCUGGGUCCUCAGGAAAGACAUCCACUCAUUCUCUUCAGGUGGAGAGGAGGUGUGCUGUAUCUGUGAUGCUCCGCCUCUUAAAGAACCUCUCAUAAACUGCCUCAAAUGUCGCCACGGUUAUCAUCCAGAGUGCCACACGCCGCCCAUAGAACCUGAAGUUGACCCCAACAGCUGGAUAUGUCGCCAAUGUGUCUUCGCAGUCGCUACAAAGAGAGGGGGAGCGUUAAAAAGAGGACGCUUCGCACGGCUCAUGCAGAUCAUGAAAGUGCGGCUGCCCUAUCAGCUGUCAUCUUUAGACUGGGACCCGCAGCACUUGACCAAUCAGCAGCAGUGUUACUGCUAUUGUGCUGGACCAGGAGAGUGGAAUCUGAAGAUGUUGCAGUGUGGGAGUUGUGGGCAGUGGUUUCAUGAAGCUUGCACUCAGUGCCUGACCAAACCUCUUCUCUAUGGAGACCGCUUUUAUCAGUUCCAGUGCUCAGUGUGCACAAAUGGUCCAGAGACCAUCCAGAGGCUUCCGAUGACCUGGGUAGAUUUGGCCCAUUUGGUGCUGUAUCACCUCUCCCUGUGCUGCAAGAGGAAGUAUUUUGAUUUCGACCAUGAAAUCAUGUCUUUUGCAAAUGAAAAUUGGGAAUCUUUGCUUCUUGGCAUGCUGUCAGACACACCGAGGCAAGACCGUUGCCAAAACCUGCUCAAUGCUUUAAAUUCCCACAAAGACAGGUUUGUUUCGGGGAAAGAAAUAAAAAAGAAGAAGUGUCUCUUUGGUCUUCAAGUUCGGGCUCCUCCCCCUCUGUCAUCGGACCAAUCACCUUUCAUCGCCGAACAGCCAAUCACCAUCACCCACAGGAGAAGCCCCACGUCACUGCCCUGCCAGCGGAGAGUGGUGGGUCCAGAGGCCCGGAAAUCAAAGCGCCGAGUGACUGAGACACAGACUUGUUCAACAGGAGGUACGACAAACGCUAUUGACCUGGUGCCAUGCUGCCACGGUUAUGUUGAUGAAACAAACCUGUAUAACCCUAGAAAACCAGAGGAAGAGAUGAGUUUGGGCUCACCUCCCAAGAGAAUGUAUGCGCUCUAUCACCCUUCAUACAACGGAUCUCAGGACCUGUCUAGAACUCUGCAUCAUUACAGUGCAGAGGACCCUUGUCGACUUCCAGCCCCCUGCCUUCCAUUCUCUCUGUCCUCGGCUCACCCAACCGGACAGCGCUAUGAAAGCUGCCCGUCUCUCUUCCUGCAUGACGUGCCACCCUACCCCAGUACGGUCAGCAUGGGGGGGCCCACGCCGACGGGAUGGGGCGGGAGCGACGGCGUCAGGAUCCUGGCCAGACGCGUGACGGCAGACGGGAAAGUCCAGUACCUCGUGGAAUGGGGAAAUGUGAGCGUGUACUGAGAACCUGUGUGCGACAGAGAAAGAGGAAAGGGCUAGAGACAUCCAGAUGCAUCAUUAGGGUUUGCAUGGUUACGAGCAGAGGUGUGAAAGCAUCAAUGAACAGGUGGGUGUUCAGCACACAUCCAGCAAAUCCAGGUUGAGCUCCACAGCGGCGUCACUCUGAGAUUACACUGUUAAAUCUCUUACACUUUCUUUUACAGUGUCUCCUAUAUUUUGAAUACUGUUAGAAAACGCCUUUAGAAUGCCUUGAACUUUGUUAUCAUGAUUUGUAAUGUAUAAGCUAUUCAUGUUCUUCAUGUACACGUAACAGUCCGAAAUUUCAGGAAAGCUUCAUCAUGCGGUCACAUCAGUAAUUGUAAUAUUUUAAAAACAGGGAAGAAAGUUCUCAUUAUAGAAGUAUUCCAGGUUUAGUCCAAGUCAGACUCAAUCAACAGCAAUUACGGCAUAUUGUUAAUUACUAAAAUAUGGAAGAGAAGGAGGCCAGUCUGUUAAUGUUACAAUGCAAGUAGUAUACAAAAAAAAAUUUCUACAAUUUGAUCAUGUUUAUUCCAUGAUAAAUGCUUCACUGUAAUCUUGAUAUCUGCAACUGUUUAUGAUUUGUUUAUUUAUUUUAGAAAAUUUGGGAUUAAUGUUAUGCUGAACAUGCUGUUGAAUUUGUAUUGAACCCUGGAAUAUUCCUUCAGUAGCAAGCAAACUUUUCAUGAUGGGUGGCAACCAAAAGAUUCAGAAUGCAGUCAAUACCCAUUUUUAACAUUAAGAGAUAUCUUUAAGUAAUAAUGAAAAAUUAUAAUAGUUUAUCAGCAUAUUUUAUUCAGAGGAGGAAUAUAAAUGAACAAAUUUAAAUGUCAUUUAAAUUUAAAAGACUGUUCUAAAAUCUUUGGACCCUGUGCAGAUUACUAACUUCUUGAAGCCUAUUUCAUAAAACAAAAAAAUGUGCUUUGGUAAAUCUAAAUUAAGAAAACAAAAUGACAAAAUGUCAUAUUUAUGAGAUGAGAAUUUAGUUUUGAAAAAAGUUACAAUUAGGAGAUGUCAUAGUUACGACAUAAACUGUCAAGUCAAAAUUGUGACAUACAAAAGUCAUAUUUAUGAGAUUAAAAAUAAUAAUUAUGGCAUUUAAAAUAUUAAUUAUGACCUACCAUGUUAUAAUUGACAAAGUUAUGAUAGAAUAAUUAUUAAAAAUAAAUAAUUAUGACAAAAGUCAUAGUUAUGACAUAGAAUGUCAAAAUUAUGAGUCUAAAUUGUAGUUGCAAUUGUAAUAAUUGUGACUUUUUAUGUCACAAUUUUGACUCUCUAUGUCAUGUCCGUAUGUUGGAAUUAAAAAUUUUUAUAUUAUAAUUAUUAAUUUUAUAUUCUUUUAUGAGACUUAAUGAAUAUGAUUUAAAAUGUCAUAAUUUCAUCAUUUUAUAUGUCAUAAUUAUGACUUUUAAUGCCAUAAUUGAGAUUUAGCAAAGCAUGAUUUUUUUUUUAUAUAUCUUACUGUAUGUGGACUUCUAUCUCAAAUAGCUAAUCGCUUAUUGUUUUUAAAAAGUGCAGCGACAGAAAUAUGAUUCAAGAUGGCAUAAACUGAAAACAUUUAUCAGGUCCAAUAAAUAUCACAUGCAGAUCAUUCUACCUGAAUAAAAGCGUGAGGCUGUUAGUCCUUAUGUGAAGCUCAUUACAUCAGUGAAUGAUAAUGAAUGUAUUGUGUUGUUUUUUAUUUUUAUUCAUGGUAUGUACUUGUUAGAUCAUAGAUGGACUGAUCUCAUGUCAGGGUGACAAGAAUUAGCAGACUGUAGUCUUUUUUAUUUCUAAGUCUAAGUUUAAUUUGAUGUAUUCUUUGACGUUUUGUCAGAGUAUGUUUAUAUGUACUCUAGGUUGACACCUAAAAUGUAAAUGAACA